GCGAUCCAACGCGUAUGCCUUCUAAGUUUACUUAUUGGCCACAUAAUAUGAUUGAUCCCGUGACGUGAUGGAAGCUUUGAAAUUGCCGGGAAGAUAACGGCUCCCUUAAACCCUAAACCCUAAACCCUAAAUCCUAAAUCCAAAUCCCUCGAUGCCCUUCCCUCUUUCUCUCUCUUCCGCCACCACCGGAACCUCCAUUUUUGGACUAUUUCACCAAUCUCGCCUCCCCUUAAAACCACUAAUAUCUUCUCUGAGCCAUAAAAAACUCACAGAUUUUCAAUUUCCAUGCUUUAUCGUCAUCUCCUGUGGAGAUUUCGCCGCCUUCCUCUUCUUCUCUCUAAUUCUUUCACUUCCACUUCUGCCGCCGUAAUUUCCUAUGAACCUAUCUCCACUACCUCCGAAACCCUAAUCACUAUCCACAACGAUGCAGUCUCUGAAAUUAUUCACGGUUUAAGGAAUUUAGGGCUUCAUCGAUUUCUUUCUGGCGAUCAUUUUAAGGUGAUAAUCAGUUCCGGUUUGGAUGCGGAUACUGUUGAUCAAGUUAUUGACAGAUUGAGAGUCGAAAAACCGGAAUCUGCUGUGAGUUUUUAUUGGUUUUUGAGGAGUGAUUAUGGGUUUCGGCAUUCGAGGAAAUGUGGGUUUGUUGUGGCUCAUAUUUUGGCAGGGUUGUGGCGAGUUAAGCAGUUACAGGAGCUUAUGAAGGAAAUCGUAGUUGAAGAAGGAUCAGGUUCUGCGCCUUUUCUUUGUGAUAUCCUGGAUAACAGCUUCAGGGAAUGGAACUCAACUUGUCUGGUCUGGGAUAUGGUGGCAUUUUGUUAUUCAAGAUGUGAGAUGCUGCAGGAUGCCCUUGUUGUUUUGGCAAAGAUGAAGACUCUAAAUUUGCAACCAUCAAUUUACACCUAUAAUAGUUUGUUGCAAAAGUUGAGAGACACUGAUAUUAUAUGGGAUGUGUAUGAUGAAAUUAAAGCCAGAGAUAUCCCACAGAGCAGAUAUACCAAUCCUAUUUUUAUAGAUGGCCUAUGUAGGCAGUCAAUGCUCCAUGAAGCAGUAAAAUUUUGGCAGGAGACUGAAGGAAAGGAUAGUGGGGUGUCCAUUGUUUCAUUCAACACCCUUAUGUCUGGUUUUUGCAGAAUGGGCCUUGUUCAUGUUGCAAAGUCUUUCUUUUGUAUGAUGCUCAAGUGUGGGAUUCUCCCUGAUGUAUACAGCUACAAUAUCCUCAUUGACGGAUUAUGUAUGGCUGGAGGUGUAGAUGAAGCUUUGGUGUUUACAGAAAACAUGGAGAAGAAUGGUAUUGAACCUGAUAUUGUAACUUACAACACUCUUCUCAAAGGCUUUAAUCUACUUGGUUUGGUAGGUGGAAUUCAGCAGAUCAUUUGGAGAAUGACGAGCAAGGGUCUAAAACCUGAUUCUUAUACCCAUAAGGUAUUGCUUUGUGGAUACUCCCGGGGUGGAAACUUGGACGAAGCAUUUAGGCUGCUACAAAAGAUGAUUCCUCAGGGUGUUCCACCAAGCAUUAUUCCCUACAGUAUCGUGCUUGAUAAUCUGUGUAAGAUGGGGCAAGUUGAAAAGGCAAUCAAAUUGCUUGAUGAGAUGGAAAGCCUAGGACUAAAACCAGACAUGGUUGUUUAUUCUAUCCUUAUACAUGGCUUUUGCAAGAUAGGGGAAGUGAAUAAAGCUAUACAGCUCUGCAGUGAAAUGUAUGCGAGAAGAAUCUUCCCCAGUUUAGUCUCUUAUGGAACAAUUCUCUCUGGCCUAUGUGAUAAGGGGAUGAUGCCAGAGGCGAGAAUGUACUUUGAUGCCUUGGCAAAAUGUGAUUUAUCUUUCGAUGUUUCUUUGUAUAAUAUAAUGAUUGAUGGAUAUGUGAAGUAUGGUAAUAAUCGAGAUGCUGUACAGUUAUACAUGCAGUUGUUAGAGAAGGGGAUUAAGCCAAGCGUAAUAACAUUUAAUUCAUUGAUACAUGGGUUCUGUAGAAGCAGAAACCUUGUCAUGGCUAGAAAGUGGUUUGAGACGAUUAGGGUGCAUGGACUUUUACCAAAUGCUGUAACUUAUACCACUCUUAUGGAUGGGUACUGUAAAUUUGGAAAUACAGCUGUCAUGCUUGAGUUGCUUCAGGAGAUGAUGACUGAAAAUUUGAAUCCAACACAUGUCACAUAUACUGUCUUAAUCAAAGGUCUCUGCAACCAGAGGAGGUGGCAGGAAUCUCUACAAGUGGUUGCCAAAAUGUAUAUUUUCGGUCUUAAUCCUGAUCAAAUCACUUACAAUACCAUUAUUCAGUGUCUCUGCAGAGAUGGAAGCUUGGAAGGAGCAUUUGGCCUACAUAAUGAGAUGCUAAAGGAAAAUCUUCAACCUAGUUCUGCCACUUAUAAUAUUCUCCUGAAUGGCCUAUGCUUAUAUGGUGAUUUAAAGGCUGCAGAUAGACUAAUGAAUUUUCUUCAAAAUCAGCAGAUUGGUCUGACAAAAGUUGCUUACACUACGUUGAUAAAAGCACAUUGUGUCAAGGGAGAUACAUCUGCAGCUGUUUUACUUUUUCAUUGCAUGCUGCAGAAGGAUUAUCAAGUUUCCAUCAAAGAUUUUACUGCUUUCAUAAAUAGAUUGUGCAAGAGAGGUUUCCUCACUGAAGCAAAACUAUUUUUCUGUGUAAUGUUGUCAAAUGGCAUUUUACCUGAUAAGAAACUUCAUGAUGUGCUGGUUGAGGCCUUUCUUUAAUAUGCUCUAUGAGAAGCAAUGUCUUGUUCUCUACUUUCUCUGAGAUCACUGAGAUAAUGUUCGCAAGGAGAUCAUGUCAGGAACAGAAGUUGUUUCUGUAAGACUGAUAGUAAUCAAGAUAGGAACGAAAAAGGGUGCUACGAGAGCUGCGGAACAGUAAAUGGUGUUCUGGACUCCUUGUUAAGAGCUAUUAUCUACAGUUGCGACAAUUAUGACAAUGUCCAGUAUGAUGCCAUGGUUACUGGGCACUGAAAGUGGUCAGGAUGUACCAUGACAAGCAGAAAGGCAAAACAGUUUUUCCUUUUGCAGUCACACAGAGAUAGACCUUUAGCAUCAUUGGCUGUUUCCUAGAUCUAAAUCUCAUCUAAUAAAUUGUCUUUAGAGAAAGCUGACAACAUGCAAUUGUUUGGGCUAAUCAGAAUUUUUGAUGACGUGCAAUGUUUAAGGUGGGGGAGAUUUGCUACUUAAAUUUGCUUUACAAUAAAUAUGCUAAAUAUUGUACUGCUCCAAGGAAUUAAAAAGUGACCCUUGACAUGUGGACAUGAGCAAUAAUUGUAUCUCACGUAGUGGAUACUGGUUGGACAAAAUAAAAACUGCUAAAACAUUCACGAUUUGCACAUUUCAGUAGAAUUGCAAUUCUGUAUCCCCCCCCCCCCAUAUAGUGCUUCUCUUUUCAUAGUUCCACCUUUCACGCGUAAGACAUGCUUCUUAAUCCUCUUGCCUCUCUAAAACCAUCAAACCCGUAUCAAAUUAGAAGAAACCUCAAGCUAAAUUGAGGUUUGCAAUUAACUUGGGUAGUUCUUAAAGGAACUGAAAAUUUAUUAGAGCUUACUAAUCAGAGCUUAUAAAACUUAUUUGAAUUAAAUCAUAACUUACUCUAACUUAUAAAUUAACUUGGGUGAAUUAACUCAUAACUUACUAUAAGUUAUAAAUUAACUUGGGUAGUUCUUAAAGGAACUGAAUUAAUCUGAAUUUAUUGGAAUUUACUAGAACUUGUCUAGGAUCUUUUUCCUUAGAUGUAUAUUUUUAAAGGUCAGAAGAAUGUAGCCUAGCUUGAUAUAUGCCUCUUUAUAUCAAAUUAUAUACUUAUGUGUUAUGA